AUGGAGCGCCUGAGGCGCCUCAAAGUCAUUCUAAGGGGACAUGAUCUCGUUGACUACACAUGGUGGGCAGGAGAGGUUAUAAAACGCAUUCCGGAGUCCGCUCGGCUGCAUAAGCAGCCACAAAAGGACAACACAUGUGUCACAUUCGACUCAAGCUGCCCGGAUGGCAUGUGUUUGAUCGAAGGAUCGAAAUACUUCUUCGCAUUCCUGAUGAAAAGCGGUUACGCUAUAACAUCGAACCCAACCAAGUUUGAUCUACCACCCUUCCGGUACCCGAAAAAUGUAACCUUCACACCGGCAGACGCCCUCAAGUACCUUAUGGUGCUUUUAGCUGACAUGCACUACCCAUUCAACCUCGAUUUGGACGAACCAUACAGUGUCGCUCAUAAGAAAGUUGACGUUUCGGCCUACCCCAUGUGGGAGUCCCUUUGCAUGGAGAAGCUAGGACAUGCGCAACCCACACUUGAGGAGUUCAUCUCAAUCGUUUUCAUGCCACAUUACAUACAUAAGAACGAGGACUCGUGGUAUGGCGCCUGGACCAACGUCGAGGUCCUUGGUUCGCGUUACAAGGUCGAACAAGAGUCGUUCAACCGCAACACCUGGGACAACUUCGAAAUUUGGGCGACCGAAACGGCGAACCUUAACUGCGCAAUGAUUAUCACCAGGAACGACUACAAGGACGAUCCCAACAAGAUCAUCCUGUCCGAUUCGUUGAUGGAAAGGCUGGGACUGCUCGUUAGGUUCCAGAUCGUCCUUGCGGGCGCCCGUAUCGCGAUUGUGAUGAACUAUAUCCUCUCUCACAGGGAAAUUGCAUACUGCGCAAAGACAGGGCUGCUUAUUGAGAAAAACCCCAACGACAGGUGGAGCAUGGACGACAUCUGGUUCAGCGCUCUCAUCCUGGCAUUUUGCGGGAUAUGUGCCGCCGGAGCAUACGUUCUCUUCCUGGUUGUCAGAUCAAUCUACAAGAGGAACUUCAAGACACACGUCGACCAGGCCCUGCAAGGCUGGAGGGACCGCCGCAAGAAGAAGUACACGCCUCAUCUCGACCUCCACGACGACUAA